CCCGUAUCUGCUGUGGAGAACGCAACUAUCAUUAAACACUUUGUGUGUUUACUCAACUCGGAGCUCACGGAGGAAUAUUCCAGCAUUGCUCAGCAAGUCUGUGAUCGUAGCACACAGCUCAACAUUCAUCUUCAGCAGGUGAUUUUUGAAGAGAGCACUACACACAAUGUCUGGCGAAGGGGACAGAAAGUCUGUUCUAAAGACCACUAAAGUCCGCACGGCUCUGAAAGGAGACAACAGCUGGAUACAGAGAGGUCAAGAAGCAAAUGAAGAGGAAAAGGAAGAAGUGAAACCAUGGAUCGCUGAGGUGCGAGCGACUCGCUCAAAUGGUGUAUUUGAAGAAACCAGUCCUGUUUCCUCACCCACAACUAAACUUCCUCAGCCCACAAACAACACAGAGAAAGCUAAAGCACCCACUUCUGGAUACCUGAUCAGAGGCGUUUUCACAAAAACUGAAGCCAAGCCGACAUCAUCAUCAUCCAAUGGAUAUGCCGGUGUGAAAACCUUCACCAAAAAGCCAUCUGAUAGUUACAAGCAAAUAGCUCCUCACACGAUUCGAUCCAGCAAUGAAACAACGCUUCAGUCAGAAGCCUCUCUGAAUGAUGAAGAGAUAGAGAAGAGGAAAGAAGCAGCCAGCAGCGUCCUGAAAGGAUCAGCAGCCAGUCGCCGCUCAUACGUACUGUCUGCUGCUAAAAAAUUUGAUGCCCCAGAGAUCCCUCAAACCUCCAGUCAGACGAGUGUCGCUUUUGUUGCUAAAAGGGUUGUGAUCAGUGAUGAUGAAGAUGCAGUCACUUCUCUUCCAUCUAAACCUCAACCAAGAAUUAAACCUGCCUCACUAGUGAAAGAUGUACCACCUGAAACUAAACCAGAACCUAAACCUAUACCCGAACCUACAACACAACUUAAAACCGCAGUUGAAACCAAAACAGCUAUUGAAGCCAAACCCUCAACAACUGGCACUAAAUCUACAACAGAAGUUAAACCAGCGAUUGAAACUAAACCAGUGGCUCAAAUUACGACAACUGGGACUAAAUCUACAACAGAAGUUAAACCAGCAGUUGAAACCAAACCAGUGGCUCAAACUACAACAACUGGGACUAAAUCUACAACAGAAGUUAAACCAGCGAUUGAAACUAAACCAGUGGCUCAAACUACGACAACUGUGACUAAAUCUACAACAGAAGUUAAACCAGCGAUUGAAACUAAACCAGUGGCUCAAAUUACGACAACUGGGACUAAAUCUACAACAGAAGUUAAACCAGCGAUUGAAACUAAACCAGUGGCUCAAACUACGACAACUGACACUAAAUCUACAACAGAAGUUAAAACAGCGGUUGAAACUAAAUAUACAACACAAACUAAAACAACUACCGAGUCUAAACCCACACCAGAAGUUAAACCAGUGGCUCAAACUACAACAACAGAGUCUAAAUCUACAACAGAAGCUAAGCCAGCGCCUGAAACUAAACCAGUGGCUCAAACUACAAUAACUGAGUCUAAAUCUACAACCCAAAUUAAAACAACUACCGAAGUUAGACCUACACCAGAAGUUCAACCGGUGGCUGAAACUAAAUCCGUAACAGAACUUAAAACAACAUUUGAAAGUGCAGCAAAAGUUGAAACAAAACCAGCAGCUGAACUUAAACCAGUGACUCAGACUAAAACAACUACCGAGUCUAAACCCACAUCAGAAGUAAAACCUGUGGCUGAAACGAAAUAUACAAUCCAAACUAAAACAACUACAGAGUCUAAACCCACACCAGAAGUUAAACCGGUGGCUGAAACUAAACCAGUGACUCAAACUACAACAACUGAAUCUAAAUCUACAACACAAAUUAAAACAACUACCGAAAUUAAACCUACACCAGAAGUUAAACCAUUGGCUGAAACUAAAUCUACAACACAAACUAAAACAACAACUGAAGUUAAAAGCACAUCAGCAGCUGAAACUAAAUCUACUAAAACUACACCUCAGAUAAAAGUAACUGAAUCGACCCCAGAGACAAGUCCUGAAAGCCUGACAGCACUUUCUGAUACCCUGAUAUCUUUCAAGACAGAGCCUGCCAGAACUGACCCUAAACAGAGCAGUGGUGUGCAGAAUGAAAAUCUACUAGAUCUCUGGGAGAGUAAACCUGAACUGGAUUUGCUCAGUAAUGACCUGCUUAAAGAUGACAGUCCUCUGCCCAACACCAAACAGACACAGAAAAAUCUAGACCUGCUCAUGGAUGAUACCAUUCCUUUUGAUUCUGGUGCCACCAAAUUCAGUACGGACUACACUUACACCAGAACAUCUCAGGUUGUCAAAGAGUCAAGGGACUUCAACAGCUCUAAUGAUUCAUUUGAUCCAUUUGAGUCCACAAAAAGCAUGUCCACAGAUGCUUUGGUGUCUCUGUCUGAGGACGUCACUCCAAUUAAAACUACAAGGAGGAAUUGGACUGUGAACAUGGAGAGCACAACCAGCACUAAAACAGAAGACCGUUCUGAACAGAAAUUACCAGAAUCUGAAUCCAAGAAGAGCUUCGUCUAUCUUAAAGAAUAUGUAAACAAUUCACAUCUUGAUAACAGCUCUGAGUAUGUGACUUCGGCAACCUCCAGCUACAAUUACAGCAGCCCCAGUUAUUAUUCAAGUCGUGAAGGAAGUCCUUGUACAUACUGUGGAGAAUUGAUGGGAAAUGACAAGAUCACCCUCGAGCACCUGAACAUCUCCUGUCACCCAUACUGCUUUAAGUGUGGUAUUUGCAGUAAACCGAUGGGUGAUUUACUCUACAACAUGUUUCUGCACCGCGGGACCGUUCACUGUGAGAGCUGCUAUUAUAAUGUCCUAUAAGCCAAUCGCAUCCUGGACAAAUGAAUAAAUCCUUCAUUACUAAAGAUGACUUAUAGAUUUGAUCUUCACUGAUACAAGAGCUAAUGUGAGCAUCUAUCAUAUAAAUCAAUCUGGAUCUGCAGAAUGCUUUCAUAUAGUGGGAGGAACUCUUGUUUUUGGGGAUUAAGUUAUUUUCUGCUAUUUUGUUCAUGAACAAGUUUCACUUUGAACAAGUUGAUUGUUGUAUUUAAUAAACAUAAAGCCAUGUUAAAAAUUCAGUAACUCUGAAUAUUGGUCUGUUGUUAUUCAAAUAUGUUUUCUGUGUUGCUAAAUUACAGCAUUCUUAUAAAUAAACACAGUUUUAUUCACUUUUUAUUGUAAUUAUUACAAAAUUGUGCAAUAGAAAAUAUAUAAAUACAUGGCAUUAAAAAUACUGAGGUAAACAAAUGCUUAUAAACUUGAAAUAAACAGUUGCCAGAAUGGGUUAAAAUAUGGACAUAAGU